AUGGCAACUUAUUUUGGAGCUACCUCUGCAGUGUUUUUCGUCUGGGUUACAACAUUCAUGGCUCAAAAUUACUUCAUAACAGGUUCCAUUCUUCCACCUUGCAGGAUCAGAGGUGUAGGAAUUUAUCUUGAGGAAAAAGUGAAUUUCUCAGAAGCAAGUAAUGCAUGUAAUCAAUUGAAUCUACAAUUGGCAAGUAAAGACCAAGUUGAAGAGGCUCUGAAACAUGGCUUCGAAACGUGCAGCUAUGGAUGGGUAAAAGAUGGAUUGGUUGUCAUUCCUCGAAUAACAUCCAACAAGAAAUGUGGCAAGGGCAAGGUUGGACUAGUGCCAUGGUAUGCUGAACCCUUCAAAACAUUUAUGGUUUACUGCUUCAAUUCCUCAGAUGUUCAGAUAAAUUCAUGUACACCAGAUCCAACUACAACCAUGCUACCUUCAUCAAGUGCACCAAUGGAUUUAACUGUGUCUUCAGGCUCUGAUUUGACUGAGAACAUCACAGCAGUGCCCAAUGUGACUGAGACAGAACAAACCCUGAAAAAUAUAAAAUUUCGUGUAAUAUGUAUAACUGAAACUAUACUACCAACCGAGAGGACUACUACAAAAAUGCCAGAGGAAUACUCACCAAUUGACUCUCCUAACUAUACUUCCCAUGCCGCCUUUAAGAAUGAUGCUGUUGUCUUUGGAGGUAUCCCUACUGCACUUCUUGUACUGGCAGUCAUCUUCUUCAUUAUUUCAGUUGUACUAGCAGUCUGCUAUAUCAAAAAGUACAAGAAAACCUUCCCAUUUUCAAACAAGAAUCAGCAAAAAGAAAUGGUUGAAACAACUGCUCUUAAAGAGGCCAAACCAAAUGACAAAGCCGCUGAGAAGGAAACGAAGAAUAACGGUAAAAACAUAGAAGAGUCUAAAACCAAGCCUGAGGCCACAGUACAAUGUCUAGAAGCAGAAGUUUAA